GAAAAUAAAAUGGCGUGAAUGUUUUCUCUCUGUUAUCGGUGUGCUAAAAGUGAAAAAUUAUGGAAAUUCAUUGCAAAAUCACCCACUAAAUACCCGUGAAGUCAGUGAUAGGGGUGUACAAGUUGCUAAAAGACACUAAAUAUAGGUGAUUGCGCGCGGCAGAUAUGUACAAUUGGUGACUUUGGUGUUUAUGGUGUUGUUGUUGCAUACCAGCCAUGGCAAAUCCGCGAAAAUUCAGCGAAAAAAUUGCCCUGCUGCAGCAGAAGCAGGCCGAGGAGACAGCUGCUUUCGAGAAGAUCAUGCGAGAAGUGUCGGACGCCACAUCGAAGCCGGAUGAAGCGACGUUGGCACAAUUUGGAUUGGGGAUGAAUCACGCAACAAUGAUGGACGGUACUAAUUUCAAGGGUGGUGGAAAUGCUAGUGGAAGUCCAGGAGGAGGUGGAACAGGUGCGAGUAGUAACAAUAAUUCUACCUGUGCUUCAUCGAAUCAAGCCACCCAUCAUGUUUCCAGAGUGCGAAAUGUGGGCGUUGGACCGAUGAGAAGACCGGCUGACCGGAAGAUUGACACAUCGCCUUAUAGUAACAAUAUUGCAUAUCUUAGUCCACCCAGUGAUUCCAGUUGGCGACGAACUAGUUCCGAUUCAGCGAUACAUCAAAGCUUGACACAGGCACAAGAUCAUCCGUACCAUCACCAGUAUGCGUCGCAUUCGCCACUGUCACUGAGUCCAACGGCGCAGAAGAAGCUUACCAAUAUACACCACAUUGACUCGAAGAUAUUCAACAGUCAGCAGAAUAGCUUUGGACUGGGAUCAUCAGACGGUCGGCCGAGAUCAUCUUGUGGUCGCUUGCCAGGAAUAAAUAUUCACCCCAGCGCUCAUGAUAACUCGAUACAAAUACCAAUAGGAAAUAAUACAGGAUCUCUACCGGACUUGACAUCUGUACAUUUUCCAUCGCCUCUGCACACGCCAAUUGAUCAAGAGCAUGAUCACUCGAGCAGUCCGUACAGUUCGAGUCCCGUGACGGCGUCCCCAACAACGUUAUCUCCGACAUCUAUGCCAGUCAGACACCCGGGUGCCAGAUUUCACUAUUCACCGACGAAUUCACCGGGUGAUACGACCACCUUCAGUCCGACACAUUCACAACAAAACGCUAGUCAGCAAUUUUUAUCUGUUCCUGGUAGCAAUAGUUAUCUGCACAUGAAUAAGGGACUGACGCUAGAGAACUCCUUCCAGCCGUCUCAGGGCGGUCCGCCGGUGUCGCAGCAGCAAUCGCAACAGUCUCCGCAGCAGACCUUUAUCAAUUGCCAUCCGCCACAUCAGUACCCGCAGCAGCAGUCGCCGCAACCGCAGGUGCAGCAGUCGCAGACGCCGACGCCACAGCAGAACCAGACGCCGCAGGGUUCACUGGUCAGUAGUACAUUACAUGGCUCUCAUGGAAACUUAAGUAAUAUAGGAUCGAUUCAGCAAUCGAAUCUCUCGGGAUACCGGAGUCCACAAUGUAGGCCGAGUCCAGGCUCUAGUCCAAAUCUCAUUGGAUCCCUCAAUAGUGGUGAUUCCAAUCCGAGUGCACCAUGCAGUCCGGCACCGUCCACAAUGAGCAACAAUGGACAAGGAUAUGAACCGUAUAACCAUACGAGUGAUAUAUAUUACGUUAAUCAGCAGAAUAUCCAGCAGCAUUUUGAAGCAUUUUCACUGGACUGGGCUACCCUUGUACAAAGUUUAGUCGAAACUGGUUGUACGUGGACAGCUCAAGUGCAGGUUGACAAUUCGGUGGCAGAAUUUGUGCCGCACUCACCCAAUCAACAAACUUUCAAUCAAUUUGAUGACUCGACAUUUACACACUUCAAUGCGACAAAUUUGGGCUCACUGAAUCAGCAGCAACAGUCAUCGAGUUUGUCAAGUUUAAGUUCAAGUUUACCGAACAACGCUAGCAUAGCAACAUCAAUGAAUUCAAAUUCAAACAUGAGCCCGGGCAUGAGCCCUUCCUCGCCACAGCAACAACAUCCGCAAGCGGGCCAGUCUCAGCAGCAAGCAACAAGUCUCCAAACACCAAAUACCCCAACAAGUAUUCCGGAAAUUGUUUUUACAGACUUUUCGUCAGCAAGUUCAGAGUUUACAAAGGGUGAGUACGAAGACUUAUUCGGUGACCCGCUGAUGCCACUGGAAUUGGAAUUGGGGCCAAUUGACGUUGCUGGCUUUCAAAUGCUCACAAAUCCUAGUUCAACAAUCAUCGGUGAUCCAACGGAGGAAGACAACUUUAGGACGUCAGAUUUGCACUAAAAUGUGCGGACACAAGAGUGGAGACAAGCAGAAGAGGAAGGAGAUGAGAAUUCGGUGAAGUGAUAAACGCGAGGUGAAUGAGGAGUAAUUUCUCAAAAUGUAAAACAUUGAAUAGUUAUUUUGUUCCUUAGUUUUUAAAUGAGUAUGAAAUAUCUUUAGUAGGACAAAUGAUGAAUUAUUUUCUAAGGCAAAGACAUUUGAGAAAGAGAGAUGUGAGAAAGUUUAUCUUAAUUGUUACUGAUAAGUCUUAUAUGUGCAAUUUCUUAAAGAGCUAAAAACUAAAAAAAAAGGUUAAAUUUAUAUUCUUCUUUGGUUGUUAUAGGUUUCUUAACUGUGUAUAUUUGAUAAGAGACGAGAGAUAAAAAAUAGUAUAACUAUUUUUUGUACUAAGUAUAAAACAAUUAAGUAGUUUUUAACAUAUCUCGGUUAAUUACUUAAGUUUCUUAGAUUUACAAACCCACUUCAUUAAAGGAGGAUAAUAAUACAAGUUUUAUUGCUAAAUGAUGAUGAUGAUAAUGUUGAAACAACAGAAAGAAGUGUUUUCUGAGUAAAUAUGAAAAAAUAACAGAAAAUAGUUUGGUUUUCCCCCGAAAAAAAAUCAAAUUUUUUCUCACAAUAUUAUCUUUUUGGAAUUUGAAUUAAUCAGUGCCAUAUCAAAGGAUAUUUGUCAGUGUUUUUUGAAUUACAAACCCCCAUUUAAAAUGCACAUUUGGAGAAGGAAAAAAAAUGAAAUAAAUACAAUUAAAGAUAAAAUCUUGAUGCACCCAUCCAUUAAAUGUUAUAUAAACAUAAAUAAAGGUCUUUUUAAUAUCUUGUCGUGUGAAAAAAACCAUACUCUUUAAAUCAUACUUCCAACAAAGAACAUAACAAUUGACAAAUUGAUAAAGAUGUUGCCCUCCUCAGAAAUAACUGAACGAUGUGUGUAAUAAAUAAUUCUUACUGUUCGCAAGACAAAUCUAAUCGAUCUCCAAACUUUCGCUCCCAACACUUUAAGAGAGAAAAAACAUAAGAAAUGUGAAAGAUUAAGAAUUUCCGUAUGAUUUCCUUUUAUGACGGCAUGUAAUUGUGAAGAGUUUGAACUUUGAGACGUUUCUUUUCUGAGUUUUUUUCGUGAAAAAAAAACAAAUAAUGGGUAAUAAAGAAAAAUUGUGAAAUCUUUGUAAUCAUUGUAAUGUGCGACCAAUUUAAAGACUGAAUUUAAUGAAAUUCGAGAAAUUUUCAGCUAAAGUACAUUUUGUAAAGUUCAUUCGUAGUGGCUUUAAUCAUCGCGACGUUCUACUUCACGGCAGUGUGAGAUUAUCUAGGGAGGAAGAGAGCAACUCGUCUUCACAAUUACAUCUGAUAUUAUUCCCUUUUAUCACUGUUUUUUUGCCACUCUGAUUAGCUCACGAAUGUCUUUUUAUCUGUACAGUGACAUGAAAUAUCCAUUAUUCGGUUUACUCUAUCGAUGCAUGUCCCGCUGACAGAGUGCGGCAGAGCGAAGGUGGCCGAAGAAUUGGUUCUUCAACACCUUUUCGCUGACUUUCUGCGAUGUCAGUUUGAAAAUUCUUCAGCAUCGGCGUCACUUUCUCUGCCACAGUCUGAAAUUUUGAACUUUUACACUUAUUUUACAUGCACAUUGCUGUUAUCUACAUAAAUGUUUCUCAUUCUGUUGUUCAGAUGACAUACAAGAGCUAUUUUUAACGUCAUAUUCAAAGAAAAAGUUUUAAACAUUUUACCAAAAUUAUAAAGAAUUGUUAGUGUAUAUUUACAAAUAUAAAUGAAAAGUUAUGGGAAAGAGAGUCUAUAUUUCACCAGAUAUAAUAUAGAUAUAUUGUUCGGAAUGUGCGCUGCCCGGAAAAUGAAAGAGUUAAAAAAAAAAUAUAGCGAAAAUAAGAAAAAAAAACUUGAUAAAUUAAGACCCCUACUCUCUACAGAAAAAUACUAUGCAUGUGAAUAAACAUACUGAAGAGUCGAUCAUUCGUAAAAUGGUUUAAGAAAGUCUUUAAGAGUAAAAGAUUCUCUACAGCGCAGUGUAACAUUUUUGUCUCCAGUAGAGGAAGAAAUUAAGCAAGAGUCAUUCACAUGAGGAGUACUUUUUUCAGAAUACCUUUCUUCAAUCGACACUUUUAAUUUAGGUAAUUGGAAACAUUUUUGAAGACAAAGGGAAUAUGGAAAAUUGAGAAAAUGUAUAAAAAAAAAUAUUCUUAUAUUUAGUGCAUUCGCAAUUCGGCCAAAAUGACAUAUAUUUACAUGAUGGAGGAGAAAACAUGAGGAAUACUUAAGCGAGGAAAAAGAACUUUAUAAUGUAUUGAGAAAAAUACCACUGAUUUAUAUUAAAUUGUACAUUUAAUACGUUUUUUAUAAAAUCAAUUACUUAGUGUAUUGUACAUGUAAAGAAUGAAACAUAUACCCAUUAUACAUUGAGAAGAGAGCGUCAAAAACAUGUAUAGAAGAGAAAUUCUUUAUGCAAACCAUCGCCUUUUCAGUUUAACCAAGAGCAUUGACAAAAGUCACACGGGUUUAUUUUUCCGCCGCAGUUUAUUUCCUUUUCACACACGGAAAAUAACACACAAACAACACGAAAAAAAGAAGCACAAGAAAUUAGCCAGAAUGGAGUCAAUUAAAAAAAGAAACGUAGCUAAAUUAAAAUCUGACGAAAUAGAAAAAUUUUAUUUAUUCGUUUCGAAAAAAGAAUCCCUCGAAAAUCCCCUUUUUAUACUUGAAAAAAAAAGAGAAGAAGAAAUGAAAUUAAUUCGAAUAUAGAUAAUUUUUAAAAGAACAUUUUAAGAAAAAAUGGUAGAUAUUUUUGAAAGUCCCUACUUGGAAAUUAUUGACUUUUUCAAAUAAAAAUUUUUUUCUUUUAGAAUACGUGCGCACAAAUUGCUUUUUCAUGAAUUACCAUGAGUAAAAAUGAAAGGAGAAGGAAAAGAAAAAAAA